AUGUACAGCAAGAUGCGUCUUCACGCUGGUAACAAGCUUGAGUUUAUCUUCUCUGUCGGUUCUCUCGCUCUGACUACUGGGGUACUUAUUUGCCUUGCGGUCGUGUUCGCGGGAUGCACCUCUCCAUCGUCCCCGAAAGAUCUGUACUUUAUGAAGGUGAAUCUAAGUGAUUUCCCCACAAUCGGAAAAGUUGACCUGCGGCGAUCGCUGAGCAUUGGUGGUACGGAUGUGUCGAGUCUUGCAGAUACAGCCGCGAGUGAGACUACAAAGACGAUGAACAGUGCAGCAGAUAGUGUGUCUCAGGCAUCGGCCGCAAUAGAGACCGCCGCCAGCCAAGCCCAGAGCCGCCUUGAGUCGAUUGCCCGUGAGCUGAAAGUCAAUCUGCCUGCGUAUUAUUCGGUCGGGCUUUGGGGUUAUUGCCAGGGACAGACUAGUGAUGCGCGGCCGACAAACUGCACCAGACCGACAACGUCGUUUUCGUUCAAUUUACUGGACAUCUUCAGGUCCAUUUCUCCGGAGAUCAACGACCUGUUCCCCAGCGACGACACCAAGGGUCUCACCGGGUCCCUCAAGUUGUCCAAGUGGGCCACUUCUGCCUAUAUCGUGGGCUUUACAGCCACUGCUCUCUCCUUCGCUGUGGGACUCGUGACUACGUUCCGUGAACGAAAAGGCGGAUGGACCAAGAUUCUACAAGUACUUUCUUCGACGGUGGGGUUGAUCUUCAUCGUCAUAGCCUCCGCACUGACGACGGCGAUAUAUACGACCCUGACGGGUGCCGUCAAAGUGGUGCUGGGAAGCUUCGGUGCCCACGCGUCACUCGGCGUACGUAUUUUUGCCGCGACCUGGCUGGCCGUUGCUUUUUCGUUCUUCUCCUGGCUUACGUGGAUUAUUGUCUUGGUUUGUUGUUGCAUUUGA